AUGAGAUCUCGGAACAAGAAGGAUGCUGACUCCAUCCCCCCCCUCCCCGCAGCAGAUGCGAAACAGAAGAAGCGUGACCAGCGCCGGGACACCCGCAAGCAGGAGCGAGCUGCCAAGGCUGAGAAGAAGGCAGCUACCGCCAGCGAGCCGACUCGCUCCGCCCAGUGGGAUUCGGAGAAGAAGUCGCCAGCCGAGGGCAGCAAGGACAAGAAGAAGGGCAAGAAGAAGAAGCAACCCAAGCACAAGAAGCAUGGAGACGAGGACGGCUCCGUCGCCAACCCCCACAGCGAGGAGAAGAAGCGCCAGCGCCUCCUGACCCGCGCCAACAAGCUCGAGGAGAAGGCGGCCAAGCUCAUGGCCGAUGCGCAGAAGUUCCGCGCCAAGUACGAGGCUGCGACCGCAGGUGCGGGUAAGGCGCGCUCCUCGACUUCGGCAGCCAAAGCCGACAAGGCGGUGAAGAAGGCAGAGAAGAAGAAGCUGGAUACGGAUGAGGAGGAGCAGGAGGAGGAGACGAGCAGUGAGGAAGAGAGCGAGGACGAAGACCAGGACGGCUCCGGCGAAGGGGCGAAGCUCAACGAGGAGGCCGAAGACACUUCCAGCACCAGCAGCGACAGCGACUCCGAGAGUGACGUCGAGAUGGCCGAGCCGGCGCCUGCCCCUGUCGAGACCGAGAAGUCGGCCAAGAAGGAAAAGAAGGGCAAGAAGGCCGAGAAGAAGGCCGAGAAGAAGGCCGAGAAGAAGGCCGAGAAGAAGGCCGAGAAGAAGGCUGAGAAGAAGAGGAAACGUGAGGCUGAGGCCGAGACGGAGGACUCUGAAGCUGCCAGCACGGAGGAGGAGGAGCAGUCGGUCAAGAAGAACAAGAAGCAAAAGAAGGACAAGAAGUCCAAGGCUGCCGUGGAGGAUACUGCGACUCAGGGCACCGACGGCAUCGAGCAGUGGAACGUGAAGGACCUGGGCGGAGGUGCCCAGCGGCAAGACAAGUUCCUGAGACUGCUGGGUGGCAAGAAGACUGGUGGUGGUGUCGCACCCGAGACUGGCGGCUCGGCCCAGAAGAAGAAGGCCAGCAAGCUGGACAUGCACCACGUCGCCGACGACCUGCAGAAGCAGUUCGACACGGGCAUGCGCAUGAAAUUCGAGGGCGGCGGUCAGAGACGGGGACUCGGCGCAUAG